CAAAACGCGACCCACCACCCUCUCCUACUCUAUCCUUUUCACGUUUUCACUUCCUUAUUUUUCAUUUCAUUUCAUCUUCUUUUCUCUCUCUUGGUCCCCUGAUGUUUUCUCCUCCAGUUUCAUCGCGCUCUGUGCACUAAUUAGUAAUUACACAAAGAGGAACACAGCAACCGAUUAUACUCUCCUUUUUGCUGUUUCCAAUUCUCAAAUGUCCGCAAUAAAGAGCCCCCCAUCGAGCAAAUUGUUUACGUUAGGGCUCGUAUCAGCAUGGUACUCAUCGAACAUUGGUGUGUUGUUACUCAACAAAUACUUGCUAAGCAAUUACGGAUUCAAGUACCCAAUAUUUCUUACAAUGUGUCACAUGUCCUCCUGCGCUUUGCUCAGCUACAUCGCCAUUGCAUGGAUGAAAAUAGUCCCUUUGCAGACCAUCCGAUCUCGUGUUCAAUUCGUUAAAAUCUCUGCCUUGAGUCUAAUCUUCUGUGCGUCGGUUGUCAGUGGUAAUAUCUCGCUUAGGUAUUUGCCUGUAUCGUUUAAUCAAGCAAUUGGCGCUACGACGCCAUUUUUCACGGCGGUGUUUGCGUACCUCAUAACUUUGAAGAGUGAAGCUUGGCUCACGUAUAUCACCCUCAUUCCUGUAGUCACCGGCGUUAUUAUCGCCAGUGGGGGCGAGCCAAGUUUCAAUCUGUUUGGAUUCAUAAUGUGUGUUGGUGCAACAGCUGCCAGAGCACUCAAAACCGUGGUACAAGGGAUAUUGCUUACUUCUGAAGGUGAGAAGCUAAACUCCAUGAAUCUCCUUCUGUACAUGGCUCCUAUUGCUAUCAUACUCCUGCUUCCAGCAACAAUGUACAUGGAAGAGAAUGUGAUUGGCAUAACAAUAGCCCUCGCUAGACAAGAUUUUGGGAUCAUUUGGCUCUUGAUUUUCAACUCUUCACUUGCUUACUUUGUGAAUUUAACCAAUUUUUUGGUCACAAAACAUACAAGCGCCCUUACACUUCAGGUCCUUGGAAAUGCAAAGGGAGCAGUAGCAGUAGUUGUCUCAAUAUUAAUUUUUAGGAAUCCGGUUUCUGUAACUGGGAUGGCUGGCUACACACUCACAGUUCUUGGUGUUAUUCUCUAUGGAGAAGUUAAGAAACGUAGCUCCAAUUGAGAAAAUGUUACUGUUUUUAACUUUUAACUUAAGCUGAGUUGACUCGUUUUUUGCUUCUGCAUUCAAGGGCACGGCAUUGAUAGGAACAAUUUUGGCAAGGAAGCCCUUAGGCUAACACAUCUCUAGACUUUCCACUAUUAGAGAAAAUUCUUCUUUUGUUAGUUUUUGUUACAUUCUUUAUGGAAAAAGGUUGUAGAAUUAAUUAAUCCCACAAAAUUACAUUAUAUCAAGUUUGUA